AUGCCAUCAAACAAGCACUCCAUCGACGUCGCCCAUGUCAAAGAUGGACACCCGCGCAGUGGGCAAGCUGUGCUGGUGGACCGGAUCUGGCCGCGAGGCCAGCGCAAAGACGAGGCACCAUGGGACGAGUGGCUCAAGGCAGUAGCACCGACAACAGAAUUACGCAAGUGGUAUGGGCACGACCCAGACAAGCAUGAUGAGUUCGUCCGCCGUUAUAGCAUUGAGCUUCAAGGUGACGAGCCAGCGGAGGCCUUUGAGCAUUUGCGAAAGUUGCACCAGAGCGGAGACUUGACUCUGAUGACCGCCACUAAGGACCUGGAGACAAGCCAGGCUAAGGUCCUUGCAGAAAUGCUAGCUUAG